UAUAAGUUAAUGGAAUGAGUCUUAUCAAUCAGUAUAACCUUUAUAUCAUAGAAUUCUAUUAGUAGUGCCAUAUAUAACGAUAACUGUUACGAUUUUAACCUAACCUAAUUCAAAUAAUUUUUCUGUAUACAAAAAUAACUAUUCAUCUUACCUUAUAAGGAAAACCUUGUUUAAUCAGUAAACGCUUCAUUUUCUGCAUCCGAAGUAAAAUAUUUCAAUUAAAACAAUGUCUGAUCCUCGUAUAAGAAUUUUAAAAAUUAAGACUGGAGUAGUGAAACGUCUCGCGAAAGAAAAAAUCACGUAUGAAAAAGAAGCAGCACAGCAACGUGAAAGGAUACAAAAAUUAAAGGAACAGGAUAAAGAUGGUUAUGAUAUAAAAAAACAAGAAGAAGUACUUCAAGAAUCUCUUAUGAUGGUACCAGAUUGUCAACGACGUCUUGCAAAAGCUUUUGAAGAACUUAAAAAAAUUUUGGAUACAGAGCAAGAUUUGAAAGAGAUUGAAGAUUAUAUUGAAGCAGAAAAAAUAUUACAAGAAGCAGAAGCUCAACUUCCUAAAGAAGGAGAAAUUAUGGAAAUGUGUUAAAAAAACAAAGCCUACUAAUUUUAUUAAAAUAUUGUGGAAAGUUGAGAAAACUAUAUUUUCAUCUAAAAUAACAUAAGAUUUAUAAACAAGUUAAAGUAAUCAUUUAAUGCAUAAAGAAAGUGAUAGUAUUAAGAUAUUUUAU